AUGGCCUGCUUUGCUGGCUUCGUACUCUGGAACUCAUCCUCGCUAGGCGAUCUUCUGCAGAUUCGCAAAAACUUCCAAGACCAGCACAUCUUUGACGCUCUGAGUGGCGUCAGCCCGGAGUUUAUCGACCACCACAAGGAUUUUGAGCUCUAUCGCAACCUCAGACGGGACGGCAGGGCAGUGCUGAAGAGCAGCGACCUGAGUGGCUCAGGUACUGAAGCCACGCAACGGCACGCUAAAGCAUCAUUGUUGGAGUACCUAGUAGUGCUGGAUUCGUCCAAACCACAUUACACUGGCAGCAUCAUGUUCAUUGGCGACACGGUCUUCGCGCACGGUGGCUCUGGCUUCAUGGUCUCACAACCAGCGAUGCGUAUGGUAGUGAACCAGUAUACCGCACACAAGGCCGAGAUUGAGGCUUACACCGAUGGCCACUGGGCCGGCGACUGUGUACUGGGCAAAGUGUUCACAGAAGCCGGUGUGAAGUUCACCGAUGCAUGGCCCAUCAUGCAAUGA